CCGAUGUUACCGGUUGAUCGAACCAUGGCUUUGGGGCACGAAACUCUGUCUCUGUGCUCCUCCUUCAGGCUUCAGGCUUCAGGCUACAGGCUUCAGCUGCCGGUGGUGGUGGUUCUGUGGUGGUUCUGUGGUUCGUGAGAGUUGGGGAACUCAACGAUGGUGCGGGUAUAAAACCACUGUUGUCUGGCCGUGAAGAAGCAGAAGCAGAACCAUCGACUUCGAACAGACAGAGACAGAGACAAAUACAGAGACAAGACAAGACAAAGCAAAAAGCAAGAUGAAGACCAUCAGCCUCAACAUCCCCAGUUUCCUCCUCGCCAUCAUCUUCACCCUUUUCGGGCUCCUAGCCAUUACGGCCGACGCGGCCCCCACCGCUUCGCAUUCCGAAACCGCGACCAACGCCGUCGCCGCGCUCAAGCACGCGGACAUCCUGGUGGCCAACCUUCUGCAGGAGAUCGAGAAGGUCGACAAGAAGUACAACGCGACUGUGAAGGUGACGUUCGCGGACAUUACCGCGUACACGCGCGAGAUCAAGACGAUAGUCUCUGCCGUGACCGGCCAGUGCACCGGGAAGGAUAAGUGCGAUAUUUUGGACCUCGCGGGGCUGAGUAAGCUGCUGUUUCAGCUGCUUGGGGAAAUCAACUACACGCUGCUGUCGCUUAGUGGGAAGUGUAGCGGGUUGCUCGGCCUGGGAGGCCUGGUCAUGGUCCUCCUCAAGCUCCUGUGCGGCGAUCUGAUCACGUCCCUGCUGGAGCUGGUAUCGUGUCUUCUCGGGCUCGGGGGCGGGAAUCUUCUCGGCGGGCUGCUUGGUGGGCUGUUGGCCGGUGGCGGCGGGUCAUUGGGCUUCCUUAAUGGACUGGGACUGGGCGGGUUGCUGGGAGGCUUGUUGGGAGGACUUGCCUGA